AUUUACAUGCCCCUCCCUUCUUAUAUUUCAUCUCCCAAACUCUUUACCAGAUAACCGCCAAAGAAAAGAAAUUCAGCAGACUAGUGAAAAUGAUUCUCCCCAUCAUCUUCAUCUUUUGCCUCCUCUCCUCCACCUCCCAAGCUUCUGUUCUAGAUUUUUGUGUUGCAGAUUAUGCAGGUCCCAACAGUCCUGCAGGAUAUUCUUGCAAGAAGCCUUCAAAGGUGACUGUCAAUGACUUUGUGUUCCAUGGACUAGGCGUUGCAGGUAACACCUCAAACAUUAUAAAAGCUGCAGUGACACCCGCUUUUGAUGCUCAAUUUCCAGGCCUCAAUGGCCUUGGAAUUUCCUUGGGUCGUUUGGACAUAGAAAAAGGUGGGGUUAUACCACUUCACACCCAUCCUGGAGCCUCAGAAGCACUUGUUGUACUUCAAGGUUCAAUCACUGCUGGUUUUGUCUCAUCUGAUAACACUGUAUACCUCAAAACUCUCAAGACGGGAGACACUAUGGUGUUUCCACAAGGUUUACUUCAUUUCCAGAUCAAUGCUGGUGGGACGUCGGCCCAGGCUCUUGUGACCUUCAGUAGUGCAAAUCCAGGCCUCCAGAUCCUUGAUUUCGCGUUGUUCAAGAGUGAUUUGCCUACCCCAUUGAUUGCACUCACCACUUUCCUUGAUGUCGCUCAGGUGAAGAAGCUCAAGGGUGUUCUUGGAGGCAAAAAUUAGAAGUACUGAGAGAUUGUUGUCCUUGUAAAGAGAUUGGCCUCAAAGAGUGUCUCUUAUGUUUGAUUCAUUUCACACCUUGGUUUUCGUUUUAAGUUGGUCGUGUUUGUAUUAAUGGGAUUCUUGUUGAGCAGUGUGUUGGUACCAAGGUUAAGAAAUAGUAGUAGUCUGACAUUGUUUUUGUUUAUUGUUUCUAGUUGUCGAGUAUUUGUAUGAGUCAGGUGAUUUCUAACUUCAGAAAAUUGUGCCGCAAGAGAUGAACAAAAUGUAUGGUCUUUAUGUUAAUGUGUCUGAAAUGGGACGUUAUCUUCUCUAUCUUUAACUCAUUUUCAAUCAAUGUAUGCUCAAAUGUUGUGAGAGUA